ACUACGAAGAGCUCGUUGGUGCCAAGAGGGCUGGCUCCGGAGCCCUAGUUCUGGGGAGGCGCAGCUGCUGGAUCGCCGUCACUUGGGAGAUUUGGAGCUUCAGUGGGGUCUAAAGCGAUGCAGCGUACGCGCUACGUCCAACACAGAUGUGACGUGCGUGACGUGACGUGACGUGACGAGCCCCCAGGAGCCCAGCAGCGCCGCUGGGCCACCCCGGGGCAGAUGAAAGCGCCAUGUCAGUGCUGCGUGCCCACCGAGAGGGACGGACGUACAGACUGAGAGUGACUGAAACAGCUCUGGGCAGGGAGUCUCAGCACCGCAAAUAGGGCCCUGGGGCUGCGGGCUCUGCUUUCUUGAUCUUCGUGUGGUACAUGGUACACAGUUGGCGCUUAAUAAAGUCCUAUCCAUAAAACCGGACAAUCAGCGGUUUCCUCCCAAACUCCCAGCGCUAUCCUCUCAUCCCUUCUUCCGAGGAUCUGCUGCGGGUCCGCCUCCUAUCCCGGGUUAGGUGUGUGUCCGGCCUCAGCGAGCAUUCGCAGAGCUAAGAACGCCGGACCGCUUUAGUUGGGACACCGGGCAGCCGCACCGGAAGUGCUCUAGGGGAGCCGGAAGUUCCCAUUUGAGGCGAUGGCGGCCCCCUGAGCGGCAUCUGGAGCCUGAGCCCAAGUCCUAGCCGUAGCGAGGGGAAGACUGAGGCACGGACUGGCGGCCCAGAGCUGACCCCCCCCCCUUUCCCGCAGAAGUUGGGCAGCAUCGGGAAGAUGAAGACGGUGCUAAUGGUGGCUGAGAAGCCCUCCUUGGCGCAGUCCAUCGCCAAGAUCCUGUCCCGAGGGAACAUGUCCUCACACAAGGGGCUGAAUGGAGCCUGCUCAGUCCACGAGUACAGCGGCUCCUUCAGUGGGCAGACUGUCCGCUUCAAGAUGACGUCUGUCUGCGGCCACGUCAUGACCCUGGAUUUCACCGGGAAGUAUAACCACUGGGACAGAGUGGACCCAGCAGAGCUCUUUAGCAAAGCUCCCACUGAGAAGAAGGAAGCCAACCCAAAGUUGAGUAUGGUGAAGUUCUUGCAGGUGGAGGGAAGAGGCUGUGACUACAUAGUACUCUGGCUGGACUGCGACAAAGAGGGGGAGAACAUCUGUUUUGAGGUCCUUGACGCUGUUCUGCCUGUCAUGAACAAGCCUCGGGGCACCGAGAAGACCGUGUUCAGAGCACGCUUCAGCUCCAUCACAGACACAGACAUCUGUAACGCCAUGAGCCGCCUGGGCGAGCCUGACCACAACGAGGCCCUCUCCGUGGAUGCCCGGCAAGAGCUGGACCUUCGGAUUGGCUGCGCUUUUACCAGGUUUCAGACCAAGUAUUUCCAGGGGAAAUAUGGCAAUUUAGACAGCUCGCUCAUCUCCUUUGGGCCAUGUCAAACACCCACCCUGGGCUUCUGUGUGGAAAGACACGACAAGAUCCAGUCCUUCAAGCCCGAGCUGUACUGGGUGCUCCAGGCCAAGAUUAACCCUGACAAGGACAGCUCGGUCCUUCUGGACUGGGACCGAGUAAGAGUGUUUGACCGGGAGAUCGCGCACAUGUUCCUGAACAUUACCAGGAUGGAGAAGGAAGCCAAGGUGGAAGGGACCAGCCGAAAGGAGAAGGCCAAGCAGAGGCCUCUGGCCCUGAACACGGUGGAGAUGCUCCGGGUGGCCAGCUCGUCUCUGGGGAUGGGGCCCCAGCACGCCAUGCAGAUAGCGGAGAGACUCUAUACGCAGGGCUACAUCAGCUACCCUCGGACCGAGACCACCCAUUACCCAGAGAACUUUGAUCUGAAGGGGUCUCUGAGGCAACAAGCCAACCACCCUUACUGGGCCCAGACGGUGAAGCAGCUAUUGGCAGAUGGCAUCAACCGGCCCCGCAAGGGCCAUGACGCAGGGGACCACCCCCCCAUCACGCCCAUGAGGUCUGCCACCGAGGCAGAGCUAGGGGGGGACGCCUGGAGGCUCUAUGAGUACAUCACCCGACACUUCAUUGCCACCGUCAGCUAUGACUGCAAAUACCUGCAGAACACCAUCUCCUUCCAGAUUGGGCCAGAGCGUUUCACCUGCUCGGGGAAGACACUCCUCUCCCCAGGCUUCACUGAGAUCAUGCCCUGGCAGAGCAUCCCCCCGGAGGAGAGCCUUCCCACCUGCCAGAAGGGGGACACCUUCCCCCUCAGCGAGGUGAAGAUGCUGGAGAAGCAGACGAGCCCUCCCGACUACCUGACUGAGGCCGAGCUCAUCACUCUGAUGGAGAAGCACGGGAUCGGCACUGACGCCAGCAUCCCUGUGCACAUCAACAACAUCUGCCAGCGGAACUACGUCACUGUGGAGAGCGGCCGCAGGCUGAGACCCACCAACCUGGGCAUCGUCCUGGUCCACGGCUACUACAAGAUAGAUGCUGAGCUUGUGCUCCCGACCAUCCGGAGCGCUGUGGAGAAGCAACUCAGCCUGAUCGCCUUGGGCAAAGCUGACUACCACCAGGUGCUGGAGCAUACCCUGAACAUCUUUAAGAGGAAGUUCCACUACUUUGUGGACUCUAUUGCAGGCAUGGAUGAAUUGAUGGAAGUGUCUUUCUCGCCCCUCGCUGCCACUGGCAAGCCUCUCUCCCGAUGUGGGAAGUGCCAUCGCUUCAUGAAGUAUAUCCAGGCCAAGCCCAGCCGCCUGCACUGUUCUCACUGUGACGAGACCUACACCCUCCCCCAGAACGGCACCAUCAAACUGUACAAGGAGCUCCGGUGCCCGCUGGACGACUUUGAGCUGGUCCUCUGGUCCUCGGGGUCCCGGGGCAAGAGCUACCCUCUGUGCCCAUACUGCUACAACCACCCGCCCUUCAGGGACAUGAAGAAAGGGAUGGGCUGCAACGAGUGCACACACCCCUCGUGCCAGCACUCGCUCAGCAUGCUGGGCAUCGGCCAGUGCGUGGAGUGCGAGAGCGGCGUGCUGGUGCUGGACCCCACGUCGGGCCCCAAGUGGAAGAUGGCCUGCAACAAGUGCAGCGUGGUGGCGCACUUUUUCGAGAACGCCCACCGCGUCCGCGUGUCCACAGACACCUGCGAGGCCUGUGAGGCCGCCCUGGUGGACGUGGACUUCAACAAGGCCAAGUCACCCCUGCUGGGCGAUGAGACCCAGCACACGGGCUGCAUCUUCUGUGAUCCUGUGUUCCAGGAGCUGGUGGAGCUGAAGCAUGCGGCCUCGUGCCACCCCAUGCACCGCAGCGGGCCCGGAAAGAGGCAGGGGCGCGGGCGGGCCAGGGGCCGGCGGCCCGCGGGGAGACUAAACCCCCGGCGGCCCAAGGACAAAAUGGCAGCCCUGGCCGCGUACUUUGUAUGACACCGCCUCCCUUUAAGGUCCAGCCCCACCAUUAAAGCUAUUUCUCUUCUUCA